CGCGGCCGGGUUGUGCCUGUGCUUCCCCGAAGGCGGGCCUGGCUGGGCGGUGCGGGCUGGCUGCUCGGCCUCCUGCCUCCUCGCUGGGGCCUUGAACGGCGUCUGCUGUGAGGGCCCUUCAGAGCGUGUCCUGAAGUGGCCGAGGGAGGUUUGGAAGAACACUGUUCUCAGAGCCUGUGAAAUCUGGACUCUUUUAACGGUGUGCUACCUGAAGGAAUGUAAGGAUUUGCUACUUGGUGCUUCCUUGCAGUUACUCUUGUGGCAUUUGUACCUCUCUUUCUGUGGUUUUAGGCCAAGAAGCGCUAUGAGCACAACUCAACGCAAGCGCCGUGGAGGAGCAGUUAAUUCUAGGCAAGCUCGGAAACAGAGCAGGCUGGCAGCUUCUACUGCAGAAAUGGCUUCAGAAGCAGAGCCAAUAGAACUUGAAGAAAGUGCUGGUGAAGAAGUAGUAGAUCUCACAUGUGAAUCUUCUGAUCCUGUAGUUGUUGAUCUAACUCGCAAUGAUUCUGUUGUGAUUGUUGAAGAGAAUCAGCGACAAGGGAGAAAUCUUAGACUAAGAAGCCAGCGACAGUCAGACAGCUGUGUACUGAGUAGCGAUGAUGAAGAUGAAACUAGAGACAAUGAUGUGUAUGUGACAGAUAAAGUAUCUCGAGAAUUGGGACCACUGGAAGAUGAAACUGCAAGUUCAAAGCCGUCUGGUACCGUUAGCUGUCCGAUUUGCAUGGAUGGCUACUCAGAGAUUGUGCAAAGCGGGCGACUGAUUGUGUCAACCAAGUGCGGCCACGUCUUCUGCAGUCAGUGCCUCCGUGAUUCCCUUAGGAAUGCCAGCUCUUGCCCAACCUGCAGGAAGAAACUCACUCACAGACAGUAUCAUCCCAUUUAUAUAUGAGUGCUUCUCUAUUCUCAGGACAGACUCAACUGGAUUUUUGGGGAAAAUGUCAUGUUUUCAGUGCUCUGAAGAUUUAAAGAGCAGCAGGUUGUGCACACAUCCAAAUAAAACUGAUGUUUUUGGAGAAUAACUUGUGCGUAUACAGACAGCUUUUCUAUGGUCCAAGCUGCUUCUUGUUACAUCCCUGGUUAGAAUGUUGAAUUUGUGACUGUUUCUAAAGUAGACCAGCAGCCUGUAUCAGAAAGGAAGCAGCUAAUCCAUUUCCUUCUCCUUUUCUAACGCUUAAAUAAGAGGGGCCUGAUUAUUUUGUUGUUUCUUACUCUUUAAGUUAUUCCCACCUUGCAUACAGAUACGGAGUAGCUACCUUUCCAAAUGUAGAUGAGCAAUUUGCUGUUUUGUGACACUUUACAGUUUUUAUGCCAGAAGAAGCUCACGACUAUUGCUUUGUGCUCUGCCAUCUUUGCCCAAGUAGAGUUAAGUUCCGCAGUGAUGGAUUGUUUUGUCGUAAAUCUAUAUUAAAUUGACAGCCAAGGUCAUGCAAUAAAAUAACCUGCUGUUCACCAGCAAUCAGGUGUUUUAAGCAGAAGGCUUGAACAUGUAGAUGUCUUUAUGAACUCCAUGAGAUCUAAAGUACAUUGACAAAUUGCAACAUGUACAAUGUGAAAACACUGCUUCGAAUGUUUUAACUGUCAAGAUUUCCUGUGUUUGUAUCACAACAUUGAAUUUCCUUUCUCAUAUGAUGAGAUGACUCUUGGGUUUACUACUCUUCCGUAGCGCUCUCUCCUGAUGACUAAGGAGCCAUAGUCUUCUCUGGGCUUGCUAGUGGUGAAUAAGUAGCAAACUGUGUGCUGUCCUCUUGUCAGCUGAAUACCAAACUGCCUACAGAUCUUGUUACUGUAUCAAGUGUAUCCAGCCUAGUGCUUAAAAGUUCAGUGCAUUUGUUUUGCUCUUUCUUCUGUUCUACUGACACCUGACCGGUUUUAGCCUGAUGGAUAGGACUGAAAAAUAAUUGCGUUGCCAUGGAGUUAGGUCACAGAGCCUUUAAAAGGUGUUUGAUAGCACUCUUGUCUUGGCCGCUUUUUGAGAGCAAAGUUUAAUCUCACUUUGCCCUGAGGGUUGUCCAGCUUUCCUGAUAUAUGCUUUAUUAAACAAGAAGAUAAGUUAGAUGCAUGUCCUGAGACAAUUCCUUUGUUUAAGCAAGGCAAUAAUACACAGGUUUCUGGACUGUUCCCCAGUCACUUUUCUGUUUUUUCCAAGACUGAGUUGUACGUGUCUGCUUUAAACCUGUAACAGCUAAAAGCCUGCUGGCUGAUGUGGAAUCCCAGAUGAGCUGACACAAACAGGAUUAUAGUAAUUAAAUAUAGUUGAGAUGAUUAAAAUCAGUGUUUCAUGAUCUACAUCUGCAGCAGCCACAUCUAUAAAAAAGUCCAAAAGUAAACGAUUAGAGGCACCAUUCUGUACUCCUGGUGCAGCACAAUUGUUGGAUGUGUUUAGUGAACAUAAAUAUCUGAUGUGUCUUUGCUAACCUGUCCUAGGGAUCUGUAGAAAGCCUUUAAUUGAAGCAGCUCUUCUAAUUAGCUGUCUCAAGUUCUUAAUUGAAGAUUGCAACCCGGAAGUAAAGGGGUUUUUAUUAGGAUGUUUAGGGAUGUAUCUGGAUGUAGCAAUACAGAGUCUUGUUCCAUAAAGGCUAGCUUCAGGAAUGCAAUACCUUCCCCUCCGUGGCUUGGAAUAGCUUUGGUUCCGCACUGUUACCAGGAAUAUGCCGUUUCUGCAGAGUGCUACUAUGGUAACUGCUAAAAAGUUACACGUGUUUAGUUACCGUCCGCUCCCAUUAAAUAUAAACUACAAACAGUUGUCUUAGGAUAGUGCAGUGGUGACAACAGCCGGCAUUUGUGUCCCAAAAAGCAGAUAAUCGAUGAAACAAUUCUAAAGAUGCUUAAAGCAUGAAUUGCCUAAAGAGAAGCAGCCCACCAUUAAAACUGUCAAGAAUAGUUAUGGGCCACAGGAACACCUUUCUUUCACUAGCUUAACAAAGAAAAAAUGAAAUAAAAGGCCAGUUUUCCUUGGUGGCUACUGUACGAGAAGGAUGAUCAGAAGAGGAUUGAAGGGAUUACCUAUGGGGAUGUGGGUGUCACGCAUCUUUGCAUCUUUCAGAGUGUACUAGCCAUAGCCUAAAAUGACUUUGCACAACUCCCUCCAUGUAAAUAUUACUUUAUAGUUAGUGUCUCAAUAAACAGAUCUAAUUGAAAUUUAGAUAUCACAAACUAUAAAAUAUUGAACAAAAACUUUUUUAGCUUUUGUGUACCCUGUGAAGUGCCACAAAUUUUGUGCAUCUCAAAAUGAAUUUUAAGUCUCAGUACAUGGGAAAACACUAAACUGAGUUACAUGGGUUUUUUUGAAGGGGAAAAUAAACAACAAACAGUAUAUUUGAGUUCCAGUGAUGUUUCACUUUGCCAGAACUGAUAGAUAAUAUAAAGAUUUUUUUCAUUAUGUAAAUGUAUGUCUUGUAUAUAGCUCAAUUUUCCCUGUAUUUAACUGUAUUCAUGUCUGUCUGUCCCAUCUAUGUUGGACUCUGCUGGCAGGCAAACCAUUCUUUUAACAGUUGGAAAUAAAAACUAUCAAUUUGA